UCCAGUCGCAACAAUGCAGGAACUCGAGAUGGUGGACUACGAUAACGACGGACCAGGACGCAGAGAGAGACCCAGAGGGCACAAAGACAAACCUGAAAGAAGACUUUUUAUGCCACUUUUCCUCGGCUUCGGUGUGCUGUGCAUCAUACAAGGCAUCCUGAACAUUUCUUUACGUGUUGCGUAUUACUCCUCAAAGACAUCUGCUUGCAACUUAACUCAUGUUGGAGGCAAACCGACGACGGCCCCGAAAGUGGCGGUGGAUUGUCAGGAAAUGAAAAAUCGUCAGUGCAACAAACUGCAAGAAAGAUUCAACGCUCUGACCGCAGACAAAAACCUGCUUGAAAACACAAACAACAUACUCAACAACAGAAUAAAGGAGUUGGAAGAAGAGGUUCAAAGACUGCAGAUGAAUACGAUGGACAUGAGUGGGUGUACGUCCUCCCAGCGGUGUCCUACAGGCUGGAGGGAGAUCAACUCAAGAUGCUACUUUCUCUCUACUGAGAUGAAAACAUGGCAGAACAGCAGAAGACACUGCCAGAGUGAAAAUGCCGACUUGGUGGUGAUCAGCAGUCCAGAGGAGCAGAGGGCCAUUUACCGUCUGGAUGGAGAAGCGUAUCUUCUGUUCUGGAUCGGGUUACAAGGCACUGAUGGGAACUUCAGAUGGGUGGAUGGAUCUGCACUGACCAAUCAAUUUUGGCAGGUUGGGCAGCCCGAUCACGGUGGUCCGAACAACGUGGAGGACUGUGUGGAGAUGUAUCACCACAACCCUCUGCUGACCUCCUGGAACGACGCCCCCUGUGGACAAAGGAGGCGCUGGAUGUGUGAGAAAGAGCCAUGUCAAGUCAGCGGUGCAUUGACAUAAAAAUGAAAUACUUCCAUUCUGCUGAAUUCAGGAUUUUUUUUUUUCUCGAAAUGGCUUAGGCUUUAGAAAGAUUCAACUUUCAUUGUGCUUUAAAAUACUACCUGACGCUCUCGCUGGUUUUGCUCUGCUCAGGGUCACUUGGUGUUCAGUGUUCUUAACAUUAUCGAUACUUGCUGAAGCGUCAGGCUCUUCAAACUCCAGCAAAACCACAAGUUUUUCUUGUCAGGCUAAAUCUAGCCAUGUUGUUUACACCCAGGCGAUGAAGUGAUUGAUAAAGUGACCAUGUUUUUCUCACCCCAGUGAAAAACAUGAUCUACUUCCUUCCUCUCAUUUCACAAGAAACUCACACUUUGGUUCUUCUUCGAUGUGAAAUACCUCAAUGCUUGUCAUUAAAAGCUAAAUACACUGUUAUAAGUUGUUACAAUUCAUUUUUAAUAUGAUGUGAUUCUUUUUGUUUUUCUCAUGACACGAAUACUUUUAUUAUGAACAAAGUGCAGCUGCAGUAAGAGAUCAGUGCAUUUCCUACUCCACCUCAAAACAAGAGCGUAAUUGCUGAAAAGGCAACGACAACGCCAGGACACACACUGUGUUAGAGCAAAGAGAGGAAGACAUCUUCCUGAUAAUGGAUGCUUUUUAUAUCAUUAAACAAAACAAAAGCAAAUUGAAAACAAGAAAGGAGGCUCACAAAAGUUUUUGGAGUUGAAAAUUCAACCAUUUCAGUUCUUAUGUUACAAAACUGAAAAGCUCCCAGCUCAGCCACACUGAAGAGAAACUAAAACGGCCUGGGUCCACAUCUCCAUGUUGCAAAGACCUUUGGAAUAAUCACAAGAGACAAGUUGAUUCUCCGGUUAUCCCACACAUGGAGUCGGUUUCUUCUCACAGAUCCACCGUUUUUUUCGGUCACAUGAUUCGUCGUUCCAGCUGAAUUGUGAGUCAUAUUUCUUAAAUUCUGCACAGUCCUCACCUCUUGGUGUGGCGUUAUUGGGCUCACCAGCGGCCCAAUAGCUGAAACUAAAAAGAAGAACAAGGUAAAUAAGUUUGGUAACGAAAUUAGCCAAUUAAGAGAGAGGUUUUAUUUUCAAGUUGGGUCGGUGGAGUGGAGUCUUGUAAUCAGCAUGUUUGACUGGAUAAAAGUUUUGUUAGGGAGUGAAAGUUUUGUACUCUCCUGACAAACCAUAGAGACAGAAACUGAAAAAACAUGUCACGGUGAUUCGGGAUUUUGUGGUUUUCUCUGUUCUCGUGUUUUUCAUCACCUUGUGGUUCCUGCUGUCAUGUCGUUCUGGUUUCACACUCGCUGCCUGUGCUCAGCGUCUGUUUGCUCAACCUUUGUGGCUUCCUCUCCUGACCAUUGCGAGUUGUGCCGUGUGUGUGUGCUAAUUUGACUUGUUCUGGAUUUUGUUUUGUUUCAUGGAGAUUUCGAGAUCUGUUUGAAUUAACUGUAAGAAAUCAAUGACUUCUUUUAAUAGUUUGUGCUUUCUGUCGAAUCUCAAAAGAUCUUUAAUGUCGAAGCACAGUGAAGGCAACACGCAUGAAUUAA